AUGACAACUGAUUUACCUAAAGUAACUGGUAGUCCAAUAUGGUUACGUAAAAUGCGUACAUUAUUUCGUCGUCUUGAUUCAUGUGGACAUGGUUAUUUAAUGAUUGAUGAUUUAUUAGAUAUUGGUACAACAAUAUUUAAUAUUUAUCCUAAAAUGUUAUCAUAUAAAUAUGAUGAAUUAGUGAAAACAUUAGUUUAUUUAUGGUAUCAAGUAUUAUGUACUCAUGUAUCUAGGCAAUUAGCAACUACAAUCAAUAUUAAUGAAAAUACAUUUAUUGAUAAUUUAUUAAAAGCAUUUCAUAAUAAUUUUGAUCAAUAUUUUAAUGAAAAAUUUAUUUUACCAUUAUUUGUUGCUAUGGAUCAAGAUGAUGAUAAUUAUAUAACAAGUACAGAAUUUCAAACAUUAUUAAUUGCAUGGAAAUCAAUACCAAAAGAUUGUGAAUUAAUAUUUCGUUACUAUAGUGAUAAAAAUAAUAAAUUAAAUAAAGAAAAUUUUCAAAAAAUUUUUAUUGAUUAUUUUAUGUCAGAUAAUAUAAAUAGUAAUAUAAUAAAAUUAUGGGGACCAUUAAUUAAUUAUAAACGUGCUGAAGAUUAUGGUCCAAUUGAUUGUGGUCCUGUAUGGGAAGGUAAAAUACGUACUAUGUAUAGACGUUUAGAUAUAAAUGAAACAAUGAAAUUAAAAUGUCAUGAUUUAUUACAAAUUGGACAAUUUUUAAUACAACGUGCACAUUUAGAUAGACGACGUGCUGAUGCUGUAAUGCGGGCUAUGUUAAAUAUAUGGGUGAAAUUUUUGGCUAUAGAUAAAAAUGAUUAUCUAAUACUUACUAGUUUCCCCAAGACAACUUAUGCUGGUAUUUUCUUAUUUGAGAUACUACUGAAAUACAGGGGUCAAUGGAUAGCCUCUUUCAUUCUUGUAUGAGUUCUUGAAGUCAUGGUUCAUCAGCUGAUGACUUGAGAAUGGUUCCUAGAUUCGUAAUAAGAUUGUGACUAUGCAUUGUAGGUCAGUCUCGUGUUGUAACAAAGCACCUAUUCAGUC